AUGGUUGUUGGUGGCGACAUUUUACGUCUAUUUCAUGGCGAUGAAUGUCUGACCAUAAACCAACCGGACUCAGAAGAAGCCAGCCAAGCCGGAUCUGCUGUACAACUCGGGGCCGGCGGAAUGGUGGGUUUAACUUGCCCUGGGGGACCUCAGAUACCAGGAAAUAUGAUGCUUGGAAUGCUACCUGGCCAUGGCAUGCCAACAACCUGGGGAAUUGCUAUACUUAAUUUGUUUUGUCGCCAGGCACAAACAUCCGACGAAUCAUUUUGCCUUGUCUAUAGUAUUUUUCAGCUGACAUUUUACUAUUUACUUUUUAAAAAUCUUUUUGAUUUCUAUUUUGAUUUGGUUGGUCACUUGGGCACUCUUUCCGGUGGCUUCCUUCUGGAAAUUGCUAUUCAAUACGAUGUGAUAGUUAUUAAAACAGGUUAA